GACGGAGUGGGCAUACUUUAUGGAUGUGGAGAUGAAGCAAAUACUCCAUCGACAAUCUUACAAAAUAAUGAAGAUCUUAUCUUUGAUGCCACACCUAAAAUUGGUCACCAGUUUCAUUCAUUAGAUGAUGCACAAGCCUUCUAUAAUGUGUAUGCAAAGUUGUUGGGUUUUGGUACUAAAAUAAAAAAUUCAACAACCAACAAAGUUGGGGUUAUAACAUGGAGAGCAUUUGCAUGUUCCAAGGAAGGGAGGACGUAUGUUUCUUCACAUAAGAAAAACAAAACAACACAUGAAAGAAACCGGGGUGAAAUUAGGUGUGGAUGUCUUGCUAGAAUGCAUGUUUCCAUGAAUCAUAAAGAAGGUGUGUGGAUUGUGUCAGUGUUUGAGAAGAUCCAUAAUCAUGACCUACUUAGUCCUAGUAAGAUACAUUUGAUCCGUUCGCAUCGAAAAGUGUCAUCAAAAAGAGCAUUGAUCAAUGAGUGGGAGAUGCUAAUAUUGAGACACAUACACAAAUUAGGUUGUUGGAGAAUGAAGUCGGAUGUCUCUCUUUUAUGGGGUGCACAGAGACUCAUUUAUAUAAUUAUAAUGCAUCAUUGAAAUCCAAAUUCGAUGGGAUUGAUGUGAAAACAAUGAUCCAUGGAUUCCAGACUGAAAAACAAAGGAAUGGUGACUUCUUUUACAAAUUUGACAUAGAUAACGAAAAAAUGCUUAUGAGAUGCAUUUGGGCCGAUAGUGAUAGUAGAAAUUCAUACUUGUUUUUUGGUGAACUAGUUGUAUUUGACACUACAUUUAAUACCAACAAAUAUGGUUUUUACCUUGCUCCAAUUGUCAGUGUUAGGUUGUUUUUACUUGGACUGUAAUUCGUCCCAGACCAGAUCAGACCAGACCAAACCAAAACAGACUAAAACAGACCAG